AUGAAAAAGCAACAGUACUAUCUGGUAGGCGUCGUCAACGUACAAAAGAUCCAUACUGAUAUGAUAGAAGACAAAUUCAAACAAACGUCAAAUCCAGAUGUCGACCAGUCCCAAACUAUCCCAACUAGUGUUAAGCACUUGGAGGAUAACAAAGUAUCUUUAAACCAGACUGAUUUUCCGGGAAAUGAACACCACUGGAAGGUUGGAGCAUUCAAUAAGCAGCCUGAUUGUAACGCAGCUGGAGGAUAUAAUUGCAUGUCAAAGGGACUGUUAAUGGCAUUAGCAACAUCCGUAUGUAAUCCAGUAACAGACACCGCUAAUUAUAAAGAUGAACUUCAGCAUUUAGAUUGUGGAAAAGGAGCUUAUUUGCAGAUAUAA